UCCUCCAGUCACGCUGCAAACGCGACUCACCAGCUCUAUCACAUCCACUCUCUCUGUGCCUGAGGUUUUUUUCCCCCCCCCUCAAGGUAUCACAGCCAACUAUACACACAACCUGCGGGAAAACAAAGCAGCAGGAUCGGGAGGCUGAGAGCUUUUGGAGGCGCACUUUAAAUCAGCAUUACUUCUGCUUUGAAUCCCUCUCUUCUUUCAAUGGAUCCGCGCGUUGUGCUGCUCUGCUCUAUGUUCGGACUUCUCCUUGGCCAAGGAGCAGAGCAGAUCUCAAUAGAGGACUGUUGCAAGGAUGGACAGAAGCGAGGCUAUGACAACGAAGACUGCGCAUCCCUCCCUCUUAUCUCCGAGUCAACCACAUGCAGGGUAGUGCAGGAGCAGUGCUGCGUGACAGUGCUGGAGGAUAACAUGUGCACCACUGGCAUCAACUUGGCCAAAGGUCAAGGAGCCUGUGAUUCUUUGUUCGCCAACACCUGCGAGAUCAAGACUACAAAGAUGUGUUGUGACUGUUGUCUCCUGGGGAAGGCGAUCCAGGAGCGAGGCCUACCUUGCGAUCACACCGUCUCUGUGGGCUACCAGUGCGGCUUAGUUUCCCGGGCCUGCUGUGUAGAUGGAGUCCAAGAUAACCAGACAGCACCCACGGCACAACCUCAAUUUCAGAACAAGACUGCAACCAAUGACAAGGGAGACAAUUCAGUGUUAACUGACCAGUGCAAAGGCAAAUGUGCUCAUUUAUGCGUUGGCAAUGACACCUGUGCCUGUUUGAAAGGCUACAAACUCAAACCAGAUGGAAAGAGUUGUGACGAUAUCAACGAAUGUCUGUUGGGAUCAAGCAACUGUCGCGCAGGAGAGCGCUGCAUCAACACAGAGGGCUCGUUUCGUUGCCAGCGAGAGGUCAGCUGUGGGACUGGCUAUGAGCUCACUGACAGCAACAACUGCAAGGAUAUUGACGAGUGUGAGACUGGUAUCCAUAAUUGUGGCCCAAAGUUUGAGUGCCAGAACACCCAGGGCUCAUUCCGUUGUGUUACCACAGUCAAGUGUGGGACUGGUUACAUCCAGGACGCCCUGGGCAACUGCAUUGAUAUCAAUGAAUGUGUGAGCCACACCGGCCCAUGCCACAGAGGGCAAAUCUGUAUCAACACGGAGGGCUCCUUCACCUGUCAGAGGAACUCUGUCAACUGCGGUCGAGGAUACCACCUGAACGAGGAGGGCACACGCUGUGUUGAUAUUGAUGAGUGUAAGAGCACUGAGCAGGUUUGUGCAGGUCAUGGAUGUAUCAACCUGGUCGGCACCUACCGCUGUGAGUGUCAGACCGGCUACAUGUUCAACAGCAUCAGCCGGACUUGUGAUGAUAGUAAUGAAUGCCGACACUACCCCGGUCGCUUGUGUGCUCAUAAGUGUGAGAACACUCCUGGAUCCUACAAGUGCAGCUGCACGAUAGGGUUCAAGCUUGCCAGUGAUGGCAGGAAUUGUGAUGAUCUGAACGAAUGUGAGACUAACCCAUGCAGUCAAGAGUGUGCCAACGUGUAUGGCUCCUACCAGUGUUACUGUCGCCGUGGAUACCAGCUCAGCGACAUCGACGGCAUAACUUGUGAAGACAUAGACGAGUGCGCCCUGCCCACUGGAGGUCAUAUUUGCUCCUAUCGCUGUCACAACACACCUGGGAGCUUCCACUGUUCCUGUCCUAUUGUUGGCUAUACCUUAGCACCCAAUGGGCGCACUUGCCAGGAUAUUGAUGAGUGUGUGACGGGAACACACACAUGCUCGGAGAACGAGAGCUGUUUUAACAUACAAGGAGGAUUCCGAUGCCUGUCCUUUGAGUGUCCGAACAACUACAGACGCGUUGGAGAAACUCGAUGUGAACGCUUGCUUUGCAAUGAGUCUGUCGAGUGCCUGGCCAUGCCCCUGAGAAUAACCUACUACUACCUCACCUUCCCCACCAACAUUCCCGUCUUCACCAACAUCUUCCGCAUGGGCCCCUCCCACACCGUGCCUGGUGAUGACAUCCAGAUCGCUAUCACUGCUGGCAACGAGGACGGUUUCUUCAAGACGGAGCAGAUGCCCACUGGCGGCGUAAUGUCUGUGGCAAAGCUCGUCAACAAGCCACAGGACUUUGAUCUGUCUCUGGAGCUAAGGCUUCACCGCUAUGGCACAACCAGCACAUACCUGGCUAAAGUGCUGGUGUUUGUUACCCAGGAGGAGCCCAGAGUAGUUUACAAUCCCCUUCUCGAAUAGACACAGCUUUUAUGUAGCGUUGCACCAGUUGCUCCACUUGAAAAUGAGGUGUCAUUUUUAAAUGAAAUGUCUCGGGAGAAAACACAUUUAUCCUCAAGACAAAUUGCAUGAGUCGUGAACAUACGGUACAUUAGUGGCAAAGCAUAGUGAUGCAGUCUAGACUGCAUCGUAACAUAUACGUAGCGCAAGUGAUCGCAGGACAUACUGCAUAGAAAUAUACAGUGUUAGCUAAACAUUUCGGUUUUCAUUCAGUGAUCAGUAAUUAGCCUCUGUAACCAUCUCUCAUUCAUGGAUUCCUGCUAUUUAAGUCUUACCUUAAAAAGGUUUGUAAAUAGGCGUAGAUCAAGUGUCAGAACCCUGUCAUGUCCCGACCCCUGUGCAUUAGUUUGUCACAUUUUAAAUGUAUACAAUUAUCCAACAUUUAUACGUUUGAUUUUAUAACUGAGUGCUGCAUGUGAAGCUAACAGCUGGCUAGCGUGAAGACUACAAACAGCUUGUAUGGCUCUGUCCCAAGUUAACAAAAUCCAUCCUACCAGCACUUCUAAGGCUCUCUUAUUAACACAUUGCCUCUCAGUUGUAUAAAUGUUUAAUUAUUUGUUUGUUUGUAGGACUAUUUUAUGGUUUGGCAUUGGUUUUUUUUUUCUAACUACAAGUAAACGAUGAUCUGAUCAAUCAUCCAGCCUGGAUUUAAAGGCCAGACAUAAUGAAAAUAUGAACACAGAAAAUCACAAAGCACUGUACUAUUUUACAGAAUUUAAGAUUGAAUACUAGACUUAAAGAUCGCUGACUAGUAAAGUGAAUUAAGCCCAAACUGAAUGUAUCUUCUUUGAGGGUAAGGCAUCGUGAUAUCCGCUAGGUGGCGUUCUAGGUCAGGGUAACUUUCGAAAUGGUAUCAACCCAAGUCUGCAUACAACUAAGUGAAAUUUGAUGAGGGUUGCAUGACAGAAUAUGACGUUGACGCAGUAUUUUAUGGUUUAUGUGUUGGAUGAACAGUUUUCUAUUAAAAUUGAAAUUGAAAUAACA